GCUUCCGCGGUUUUGUUGCCACAACGGACCGCCUGUCGCUCUUCCCCGGACCUUGUUGGCAUGUCGGCGGCCACACAGAACAUGUGGACAGACGGAGUCCUCACUCGCAGCACUUUUGGAUGGACCACACAAGGAAACUUCACCUCCUUGUGUCCUAAUGGGACCAAAUGGGUCUGGGAAGGGCUCGGGGAGUGUGCCCAGGACGCCAGGGACAUGGCCAGCAUCUACUUAGGCCUCCUGUCCAUCCUCUGCUUCAUGGUGUCCUCACUUCCACAGUACUACAGCUCCUGUAAGACAGGGAACAUGGACAGUGCCCUCUCCAUCUGGUUUCUGCUGCUGUGGCUCGGAGGCGACUCCUGCAACCUGGUGGGCUCCUUCUUGGCAGACCAGCUUCCGCUUCAGACAUACACAGCAGUGUAUUAUGUUCUGGCUGACCUGGUGAUGCUGGCCAUGUACACGUACUACAAGAUGAGCAACCGAGUGGCUGAACGUAGGAGGGUUUUGCAUGUGGUGGGUUUAGUCUGCGUCCUGGGCUUCACCACAAGCUUCGCUCACCUCCCCGGAGAAGGCACGCAGCAGGAAAUUGUUUCAUCUGUGGUCAGAGGUCGCUCCCUGCUCUCAACCUCUGAUGGCAGCUCAGCUCGGGAUUUUACCCCAAAGGAGAUCAUCGGUUUCUCCAUCGGUUCCAUCUCGUCAGUGCUCUACCUGUGCUCCAGACUUCCACAGAUGUACACUAAUUUCAAGAGGAAGUCGACAGAGGGAGUGUCGUACUUCUUGUUCGCGCUUGUUAUUCUCGGAAACACUACAUAUGGCCUGAGCGUCCUCCUGAAAAACCCCGACCAGGGACAGGGCGAGAGCAACUACCUGAUCCAUCACCUGCCCUGGCUCAUCGGCAGCCUCGGCACCCUCUCCUUAGACCUCAUUAUCUCAGUCCAGUUUCUAAUUUAUCGCAAAGCUCCGCUGCAGGUGGACUCCGAGGAGACGACGCCCCUGAUCAGGACCUGAACCAACUCGCUGCUGGUGGGACUCCAGCGAACGCUCUCCCACAGUGGAGUCGUCAGAAUUACUUCACCAACCAUCAAAACAAACUGUACUCUG